CGGUGGGCGUGAUCCGGGCACUUAGGGCAGGAUGAACGCUGCUUUCCAAGAUGGCGACGGAGGGAGGAGGGAAGGAGAUGAACGAGAUUAAGACCCAAUUCACCACCCGGGAAGGUCUGUACAAGCUGCUGCCGCACUCGGAGUACAGCCGGCCCAACCGGGUGCCCUUCAACUCGCAGGGAUCCAACCCUGUCCGCGUCUCCUUCGUAAACCUCAACGACCAGUCUGGCAACGGCGACCGCCUCUGCUUCAAUGUGGGCCGGGAGCUCUACUUCUAUAUCUACAAGGGGGUCCGCAAGGCUGCUGACUUGAGUAAACCAAUAGAUAAAAGGAUAUACAAAGGAACGCAGCCCACUUGUCAUGACUUCAACCACCUAACAGCCACAGCAGAGAGCGUCUCUCUCCUAGUGGGCUUUUCCGCAGGCCAAGUCCAGCUUAUAGACCCAAUCAAGAAAGAAACCAGCAAGCUAUUUAAUGAGGAAAGACUAAUAGACAAGUCACGCGUAACCUGUGUCAAAUGGGUUCCUGGUUCGGAAAGCCUUUUCCUAGUAGCCCAUUCAAGUGGGAACAUGUACUUAUAUAAUGUGGAGCACACUUGUGGCACCACAGCCCCCCACUACCAGCUCCUGAAGCAGGGGGAGAGCUUUGCUGUGCACACUUGCAAGAGCAAAUCCACGAGGAACCCUCUCCUUAAGUGGACGGUGGGCGAGGGGGCCCUCAACGAGUUUGCUUUCUCCCCAGAUGGCAAGUUCUUAGCGUGUGUGAGCCAGGACGGGUUUCUGCGUGUGUUCAACUUUGACUCAGUGGAGCUGCACGGUACAAUGAAAAGCUACUUUGGGGGCUUGCUCUGUGUGUGCUGGAGCCCUGAUGGAAAGUACAUUGUGACAGGUGGAGAGGACGACUUGGUGACAGUCUGGUCCUUUCUAGACUGCCGAGUAAUAGCUAGAGGCCAUGGGCACAAAUCCUGGGUCAGUGUUGUAGCAUUUGAUCCCUAUACUACUAGUGUAGAAGAAAGUGACCCUAUGGAGUUUAGUGGCAGUGACGAGGACUUCCAGGACCUUCUUCAUUUUGGCAGAGAUCGAGCCAACAGUACACAGUCUAGGCUAUCCAAACGGAACUCUACAGACAGCCGCCCUGUAAGUGUUACGUAUCGGUUUGGUUCAGUGGGCCAGGAUACACAGCUGUGUUUAUGGGACCUUACAGAAGACAUCCUUUUCCCUCACCAGCCCCUCUCAAGAGCAAGGACACAUACAAAUGUUAUGAAUGCCACAAGUCCGCCUGCCGGAAGCAAUGGGAACAGUGUCACUACACCUGGGAACUCUGUGCCCCCUCCAUUGCCACGGUCCAAUAGCCUUCCACAUUCAGCAGUCUCCAAUGCUGGUAGCAAAAGCAGCGUCAUGGACGGGGCCAUCGCCUCUGGGGUCAGCAAGUUUGCAACUCUGUCGCUACAUGACCGGAAGGAGAGACACCACGAGAAAGACCAUAAACGAAACCAUAGUAUGGGACACAUUUCCAGCAAGAGCAGUGAUAAACUGAACCUAGUUACUAAAGCCAAAACGGACCCAGCUAAAGCUCUGGGGACAUCCCUGUGUCCUCGGAUGGAAGAUGUCCCCUCGUUAGAGCCACUGAUCUGUAAAAAGAUAGCUCAUGAAAGACUGACGGUAUUGGUUUUUCUUGAAGACUGUAUAGUCACUGCUUGUCAGGAGGGAUUUAUUUGCACGUGGGCAAGGCCUGGUAAAGUGCCGGCAGAGCAGUUCUGCAGGCAGGAGGACAGAGUGCAAGGUGUUCUCCAAGACCAGAACUAAAGGUGCGGCAGCUCCAGAAGAGGGUGCUGGUGCUGGAGGGCGGGGCUCCCUUCCUCCUGGUGCCCGGCAGACAGAGGUGGGGGUCCUGGGGUUGCAGCAAUUGCUGUGGUGGUUCCUGACCCCCAAAGAAUGAGGACUAGGGCCACCGUGCUUCUGCCGUAGCUACCCAGAGAAAUUUGGGGAGCAUGUUUUUAGUUUUCUCAGCAAACUGAGCUUCCUCCUCAAAACUCCCCCAAGCACUUUGAUGAGCACGACUGUCUUUGGUAACUUGCUCCUGGACUGAAACAGCCUCUGGCAAGAGGGCCUUACAGGCACAGUCUACAUGCUCUAGCCCAGAGGCCUGCGGGCUCAGUGCAGGCCCCACUGGACAGCUGCAACCUCCUGUCUGUCCUGCUUGCCCACCACAGGCAACCUUUCUGGUGACUCCGGAAGCCAGCUGCACUGUGGCUAUGGUGACUCAGCCCCAGCGUCCCAGUUUUCCUUCUCUGUGCAUGUGGUGCCAGGGAUUAUGCCAAAGGAUUCAACCCCUGCCAAACACGGCUGCACUUCUGAGCCCCGUCUCAACCCUCUGGAGAGGCUUAGAAGUUUUAUCUUCUUUUCAAAGCAAAUGCUCCAGAGAGACUGGGUGAUACUGCAGCUAGUAGCUUCUGCCUCCAAAUUAGCCUACACAGGGUAAAGAGCAUUAAGUUUGUCCUGAUUGAGUUUAGAAGUGCUCUGGGAGCACUGAGAUCAGGAUGCAGGGUGAGUGCUAUUAGAGAAGCGAGAGGUGGAGAGCAGAGCAGCCAGUGUCUCAAAGGCACUCUUACAUUAGGUGGGACACGGGCUACGGAACUGCAGGGUCUGGGGUUGUGUACACACGGCUCACCCCAGGUGGGGACCAGUAGCCAGCUAGUGUUUGUCUUAAACACCCAGGGCACAGCCAAUCCUCCCCAUCCUGUGAUGCAUUCUGAAUUUUUAAUAAAUUAUAACAUUACUGAGUUUGUGCUAAAAUUAGUGAGCCUGCCUUAGCACAUGUGUGUACCUGAGUGCAAGGUCCUCUCACCUCUUGCUGGAGGGAGAUGUUUUCUCUCUUGAGCAAGCUCAGAAGUGUGAGGACUAACAAGACACAAGACAUGGAGGGCCAGAAAGGAUCCUGUGGAAACCCAGUGCCACCUGAGGGAAAACUAGGGGCAGAGCUCAGUGGUGGCUUUUCCAGUGGCUGUUCUUGGAGUGCAGGCUAUGCUGUGGGCAGUUAGGCUGAGGGCGCCAAGGUGCCUUACACAUCUUGGCUCAGGGCCAGUGGCGCCACUGAGACACGUGUGUCCACUGUCAAGGUCCCUGCCCUUACCCAUGGAGCCUCCACGCACUUCUGUGGGGUGCCCUGAUACUGACUUGACAUAGCCUCUGGCUUGGGUUUGGGUUCUAAGGCCAAACUGGUCUCUAUCCUGGGAAUGCAUGGGGAGCCACCACACCCACUGUGCCCUGUUUAUGUCAGAGUAUGCUGUUUGCCCGACUGGACCACCACAAGCUGGCUUAGGCUAACAAGGUGCUCAUCAAAGUGCUAUGUGGUGGCUGUCCCAGGGAGAGGAGAUGGCAGUGUGGCCCUGGUAAAGCCUGUGGCUCAUUGUGGAAAAGCACUUGUAUUCAGCUGUUACCUUGACACUCAGAUCCCAAAUGCAGUUGCAAGAAUACUCUCUUCCCCACGGAGCAACUGUCCCACGAUGCUGAGGUUUUCAUUCAUGCUGCAAUCAUUACAUCAUCUUUGUGUCAUGGUUCAGUUCCUGAUUGCUGAGGUAAAAGUAUGAAAAUGCUGCAUUUUAACCUCUGUGCACUUAGGUUUUAAAGAUUGUUAUUGGGUGACACUGUGUGAUGAAGUUGUACGGGUAUGUUUCUCUUCAGUGAAGGUCAAGGUAAAACGUGCAUUCCUCCUUACGUUUUCAUCUGACCUCUGCACAACUUGACUCCAUCUCCUGAAGAGCCCUCCUGCUGUGAACUACCAGGAAACCGAGCUCCUAAUGUUGCAAUAAUAAUAGUAAUAAUAAUAGUAAUAAUAAUAAUAUCAGUGUUGUUCAUUUUCUGAGAACCAUGUUUCUGUUUCAUUGCUUUGUCUUUUAGCUGUUCCCUUGUCCCUGUCACAGCAAAAGACUUACCACAUACUUGACUUCUGAAGUUGGAGGCUGUCCUCUGUAUAUUGACCUUGAAUAAACGUGUGAUUGAAUUGUAAAUGUAGAGACAUCUUAAGUCAUUUUCACAUCUAAGCUUCAUAAAAAGGACUCUCAGUGAGCCAAAAAGGACAGCUGUUAAAUGCUGGACAGUGAAGAGCCGUGUUAAUGUCUAUACAACAACCGUGGAAGACGCUCUUCCUGUGCGUGUCUCAGGCAGCUUCCUAGACUCUGACAGCUAAGCUUGUGUUCUGUGCUGCUCUGAGUGAGGUGCUGGGACUCUUCUUUGAGUGGGAAAAGGUUUCAAUGUGACGCUAACUCUCUGAAGGUAGCUGGUCUACCAGCUGGCUCUGCAGCCCCCUAGCCAGCCUAGGGAGCCAUGGGCACUGUGGGCACUGUAGGAGCUCUUCCCUCUCUCUGCCAACGUCCCACUUCAUACCUGCUGGGCUUCUGUGAUCACCUAGAGCCCAGUGCAGCCAGAGCAGUAGGUGACCCCACUGGUUAGCCCCGGUCGUGCCGUGCCUGGUGUCCUGCUUGAAGCACUGCUCAGUGACCUACUUCAUUGCGUACCUCUGUCUCCAAACACUUCCGUGCAGGAAUUGCAGACGGACAGUGUAAACCCACAGGUCCCUGCCCGGGCCAAGGUGAGAGUGAGCCGGCCCAGGCCCAGACACCGCGGCCUCAGGCCCAUGCGGCCCACUCACCUGUGGGCUCUUGUUCCUGAGACGUUGGGCUUUUGCUUAGCUGCCUGUGGUCAGGGCUGGUGCCUGCCAAGCCCUGUUUCCUCACUGCCUGCCUCAGUGGGUGCAGGUUGUGUCGGCUUCAAACCUGUAGUCUAAAGUGACCUCCCAAUUUCCCACCAUGGUGGGAAAAAAAAAAGCACGGUGCUUUUUCUCAGUACUAAAUAGCUUUUAAGUCCUUAAAAGAUAGGUUUACAGCAUUUCCAAUUUUGUUUAAAGAAAAUCAUAGCCAGGCAGUGGUGGCACACGCCUGUAAUCCCAGCACUUGGGAGACAGAGGCAGGUGGAUUUCUGUGGUCGAGGCCAGCCUGGUCUACAGAGUGAGUUCCAGGACAGCCAGUGCUACACAGAGAAACCCUGUCUCCAAAAACCAAAAAAAGAAAAAAAAGAAAAAAAAAUAACGUAAUUUAAAACAAAAACAAAAAACUUGUAGUAUGUGUGUAGAGAAAAAGUUCCGUCAUCCUAGCCCUUCCGUGUAGGCUACCUGUGGACAUUUGUGGUUUGUUCGGGUAGUGAGUCUGGAGCGGCGCCUCUGCCUUAGGGCUGCGCCUCUCCUUUAGGGAAGGUUCUAGGCAGCUCCUCGGAACGGUGAGCAGUGGAGGAUUCCGGACCCUCUUUCCUCCGUGGCAGACUCCAGGGCCUGGUGGUCACAGGAUAAGGGCCUUGGCUGGCAUGCGUUUCCCUGCGUGCAUAGCCUCUGAGGAGCCUCGGCUGCUGAACCUUUGUUUUCUCUCUUUUCCUAGGUGUCUGUGAAGACUAUUAACCCUUUCUCAUCAGACAUCAGGGUGUAUGGGCCCUGUGGGCUUUGAGUGCCUGUCAGUGGUAGGUCAAGUCUGGUCAAGGGACAAGACCCAGGCCAUUGGACUGUAGACACAGACACUGGGAGCUUCCUACACCAUCUCAUUGAGUCUGGGCACGCAGCCUCUUCCAUGGCCCUUACACAGAACCGUGGCUUUCAGUCCAGCUUUUCUCUGGUGUUUUGGAGUGGAUUUGAUAAUGGAUUCUUACACUCUGACAGAGAAGGGAACCCAGCGAGGGCUCAGAGCAUGUGCAGUGUGGUCACUUAGGGUGGUACUCACGGUGCCCCAUCUGAAGAGGCAUGAAUUGAUAAUUGAUAAUUGCUUUGGUCCUGGCCUCCACCUGAGAGCAGUUACUGCUGCAGAGGGCUGCGAGGCCAGCUGUCCCUCCACGCUGAGGCAUCGUAGAAGAUCCUGUCACUCUUCCCAAGCAUUCAAGGGCGGUCUGCCUGGCUGGGCCGAGGUUUGUUUUUGUUUUUUGGAGCGAUAAAUGGCUGUGAACAACUAGGUGGUGAGGCUGGAACACGCGGCCAGCACCUGUUACUUACCCUACACUGUCACCUUGAGGUACUGUCAGCUGUUUAUGGCCAAAGGUUGCCAAGGUCAGAUGGGGAAAGGGCAGCAGCUUUCCCACAGCUGGAGCUGGAGGCCCUGAUGUGGGCCCAACAGAACUCCAGGCCCUGCCUAGGUCUGCCCUGAACAGUCCGGUAUAGCGUCCAGUCGGUCAUGAUCUACCUCAGCAGUGCCCGCCAGGGAAGGAACAUGCACAUGUUCUUUGCAUGUAGUGGCUUAUACGUCUUUGUUUUUCUAGUACAUCCUGGUGGAAUAGGCUUAAUUCUGGUGGCUUUGUAUUUAUUGUAAAUUAGAAUCCAACCCAAAACCAAGGCCUGGAGUAUUUUGUUGUGUGACUUUGAACUGAAAUAUCCAGCAGUGUUGGCAGCUUUGGUGAGACCAGAGAGCUUGGUAACCAUUGGGUUUAGGAGUUGUCUGCUGCAGAGCCAGCCCUAUGCUGGCUUCUUGAGAGCCCCUGCAGGUACUGUGCUGGCUCUGGUGCACACACCCGCCGGUCUCUGAGCCCAAGCAAAGGAAUCAGGAUGAUGAAGUAAAACACCACCGCCCUGAGGGUGGACAGAGCAGGGCUGUGGCAGCUCCAUGCCUCAGGACAAGAGUAAUUCUUCUGCCCUUUCCACCUCCAAACUGUCUUACUAAUGGGCUCAGUGGAACUCAGCUACACCCCUGAAGAAGUGUAUCUUACAUUAUUUCUGUAGGGAUACUGAGGUUUCAUAUACGGUCUCCAGCGUUGGCUAGCUCAGAUUUCCUACGUUGCUGAAGAUGACCUGAGACUUUUUUUUUUUAAUAAAUGUGAGUUCACUGUCACUGUCUUCAGACACCAGAAGAGGGCAUCAUUUCCCAUUCCAUAUGGUUGUGAGCCACCGUGUGGUUGCUGAGAAUUGAACUCAGGACCUCUGGAAGAGCAGUGUUCUUAACCACUGCGCUGUCUCUGCAGCUUGGACCUUGGACUCAUCGUCCUCCACCUCCCCAGUUCUGGGAUUAGAGGCCUACACCACCCCACCCAGUCUCACAUUCUCUUUGAAUGUCACCCCCACCUCCCAAUGCCUCCAGUUCAUUCUGCAAAGCUGCGUCUCUAAGAGGCAGGUGCUGCGGUCACUAUUGUGAUGUUUCAUAUCAGUGCUGGGCGGGUUCACCUGACUCCACCUGGUCCGACCCUGCUGCUGAGACCCUUCCCCGGAACUCAGUUUUCAGUUUCUGGCCUGUGCUAGCUUCACGCACGUUUCUGGGUGUGUGGAGCACCUGAACAUGCUGUGUCCCUGUCAUCCCAGGGCCCCAGCAGGCCAGUGUACUCAGGAGCCUGUGACCACAGGGCCAGGAACUGGAGGCCAGGUCUGUUUUUUUUUUUUUUUUUUUUUUUUUUUAAAUUUUUUUUUUUUUAACAGG